UGACGGUAUAAACAUUCCCUCUCCUCCUGGCACCAAGGCUGUUACUGCUACAGAGGCAGCAAGACUGUGGAGGGGAGUCUAUCGCUAUCAUAGAGCCACAAGUAAUUAGCACUGUCUAAUUAAACACACCAGUAAUUAAGAGGAAUCAGCAGUAAGAAGCCUGGGACACAGGUGACCAGUUAGCCUGGGAAAUCCCAUAGAUGUAAACCCACGUCACCUGUACCACCACGGGAUGCUGAGCUAGGCUGGCAGUCAACCCAGCCUCAGUACUUGGGUCAUACCUGCGUGAUAAGCAGAAGAGCAACAUUUGUUGACACUGUAGUGAACCAUUUUACUACGAUAGUUUAAAAGGACAAACUUUGAUGACAGAUCGAUGUGUUUGUGGAUAUCGCUGACCUUGAAUUAAAUUGGUGUACCUGUUAUUUCUGAUAAAGGUUCACACCACACCAUGUGUAUGGAUUAGAACUGAGGAUCAGAGCACAACUCACCAGACCAACAACACUUCUCAAAACAAACAUGGAAUAUUUACAGAGAAUCCAGAUUGUGGUCAUCCUAACCUACACCAUGAUUGUACAGAGUUUGGCAGGUACGCCUAUGUCUGCCAGCGCAUGUUUUGCCCAAAAGGAACUGACGUUUAAAUGUGCCUACGGGUCAAUGUUACGAAUCACUCGUACAUUGUACGGAUACAACUCGAACGGAAUGUGCAGUCUCCAGCCCGGAGAUUGUGUUGAGGAAGAACGAAAACUGUACCCCUGUGUGGGGCGUGAGUCUUGUUCUAUCAACCUUCCGAGUGGAGGUGUUGGUAGAGUUAUCUCAUCCUGCAACAAGCCUAGUAACUACUUCCAGGUGGAAUAUGAAUGCAUCCCAGUAUCAGAAACAAAAAACAUUUGUGAUUCUCCAAUGAUCACAGCCCAGCAGGGAUACAUAGUAACUCCAGGUUAUCCCAACAACUAUGGCCCAAACAUCAACUGUACCACCCGAAUUCAAGUAGAAAGUUACCAACACCUCAAACUCUACAUUCUCGACCUUGACCUUGAGAUGGCCAGCAGCACAUGUUCUGACUACAUGCUUGCUCAGGACACCAUACAGUCUCUUACUCUUUGUGGAAAACGAGGAAAUGAGCCAAGUCCGGUCUCCUGGAAAAAUCUGACGCUCAGAUUAUCAACAAACAGUAGAAAUAACUACAAAGGCUUCUGGCUAUACUAUGAAGCAACACCAGAACUGACAACCACCACUCAACGACCGACCUUGCCUGUGGUAACCAGUCAGAAGACGGCACAACCAGUGGCACCCAGUACAACCUCACCCAAACACGUCAUUCCCAUCACCAAGACAGUUAACAAUGUUAACGUGGACAAAACAGAAAAAUUACCAUUUGCUGCCAUUGUGGGCGGAGUCAUCGGCACCCUGAGUUUUGUUCUGGUCAUCCUGUUAGUUCUCCUUAUUGUUAAAUGGUCACGAGAGAGAAAGAGGAGGAGAGACAAGAACCAGUUCAUUGAGGUACAGAAUCCAGGUUACAGAAACAGCAAUGAGUUCCAACAGAAUGCGAUCCCAAGGACAGACAUUUGUUACAACUACGUGGACUGUUGAGUGAUCACCAGCAUUUUAUCCCUUGUGAUCUCACACAUGAUGUGAUGGAACAGUGAGAUGUGAUCUCCACCCAUUACACACAAACAUUAAGUGCAGCUAAGACUUUUACAUGUGACCUUGAUCAUGACCUUGGAUCUAAUCCAGCCAAUCAUAUCAUCAAUAUUCCAUUUCACAAUUAGAGAAGGACAAAUAUUGUGUAAUGUACUUGACAAUGGAAGAAGAGGCUUCCAAAGCUAUUCAUCAAAGGACGUUUUAUUAAGCAUUAUUUUAUAUGUUGACUUCCAUGGUUUCUUAACCAUUCUGCAGUUUCUAAUACACAAACUUUUACAAGUAGGAAUCUGAACGUUUCACUUGGAUGUGCAGCAGAAAUUGCAGAUUUUAGGAAUUACAUAAAAGACAAGGAUUUUUUUUCUGUGAUAAAAAAGUGCCGUUUCUAUCUGUUUUUCUACCUGAGUAAGCACAGUUUUACCGGGGAGUUUUGAGCUGGUGGGAGGAGUCGAUUGAUGGGACGCCACAGGUAAAAUCCAUACACCUGAGCUUACAGCGUCAGCAGGUGACAGCAUAGUACUUGAUAUGGCAUUCCCGUCCCUUCUCCAGUGGAACGGUUACAAGGUUGUGCAAUGUUGAAUGAGGAAACCACACGUUGAUAAUGAUGUGCAAUAACAUUUUAAAUAGCGGUUUGUCUAAUUUAUUCAUUGUAUAUAGAUUCAUGUUCAAUGUUCUAGAAUUUGUACAGCUAAUGUACAGUGCUAGGUAUAUCUAACCAAGCAUAGCUUAUGUAGUAAAUCUAUUGUCAAUCAGCAAAUUGCUCUAUACCUUUCAUCUGUCCUCAAUUCACACACAUUAGUUUUAAUUUUUGAAUUUUGUUCUAAUCACACUUUUUCUAAGUAAAUAUACUAGAAAUACAAAUCACAUUGGAAACUAUGCAAACCAUUCUGUAAGAUUUUUAAUCAUGCAUGUUUUCCUCCUGUUCCAUAAAUCGCACGGUAAUUACCUGUAAACGUAUAUAUCCCAAAUGGCCAGUCUAUUAUAGUAGCACUAAUCCACUGAUGUUAUCACCUGAACAAACUUAGGAUGAUUUUUGUUAAACAAACAGGUACAUAAUCAAACUUCAUACAAUACCAGAUGUUAACAAAUUAGUUAUGUCAACACCAUCAAUCAAUAGUAAAUAUUGGAAAACAUCAACAUAUGAAAUUCAAAAAUCAAAAAGUGUUAUUUUCCCAUUUCUAUCUCCAGCUUUAAAACAUCUUUACAGAGAUUAAAUUAAACUGGCUAAACUUUUCAGUUCAAUCAGCAUUUAACAUAAGCAUUUUUAGAUAUUAAGAAAUGCAUUGUUUUUUGAAGUUUAAAUGAAAGAGGACAGAUUUGUAAUGUAUUCUGAAAGUUUUAGGAAGCUACCAUGACAGUGAGUAACACUGUAACAUGUGUAUAUAUAUAUAUAUAUUUGUACAGUAUAUAUUGGAGGCCUGGAGAACGUCCUCUGUGUGCCUCUGUAAUGACAGCAUUUUAACACCUAACUUAAUUAUCUGGUAUUAGUCCAAAUUUUCUUUCAAAAAGAAAAAAAAGGCAAUAAUGAAAUAAAUUGUGCUUUGUCCUAAUUCGGCUGUUUUCAAAAUGAUAAUUACUUGGUUUUUAUUCAUAAUGAAUUUAACGCUGUUGUCUAAAACAUAAGCACAUGUGAGAGCGUUUUCGGGACGAUUGUCUGUGAUAUGCUAGUGUUUUAUUUCGUUUGGUUUUAUCUAGUCAUAAUCUGUUGAGUUAAGGUAUGCCAGUGCUGACUACAAUAUAGAUACCAUUUAUUAGACUUUAUUUGCUGCACAUGGCAUUUAAUUUAUUGAGAAUCACAUUCAUGCAUAUGUUGUACAUUAGUACAUCAUUGCCAUUCCACAUAUCAUUCCCUCACUCUAAUGGAAAAUCUCCAUAUUGUAUAACAAACAAGUUAGCUCUGUUUCUACAUCUCUUUGUUUUGACAUAUCAUUAAAACAGGAGAAAGAUUGAAUUAUAUUCCUAAUCAAAUAAAGCCAAAUUUUUCCUAAAACAAGUCGCAAAAUUUCUUUCCAGAAAUUUAUCAUAAUUAAUACAUAUGGGUACUAAAUGGAGAAAAAUAAGAUAAUCAAAAACACACACAUACAAGGGCAUCAUCUGUUAGCUUAAAGCUAGUAGUUGUUAUUGACGGAGAGAGACAGAGAGAGAGAGGGAGACAGAUCUAUAGAUAUUGAUCAGAAAGGAAGACAAGAAAAGAGAACGAAUGAGAGGAAGAUGUUGUGAAGAGUUAAUAAAUUAUAAACAAUAUAUUAUUUUGUGUUGAAAUUAAAUUGGAGUAUUUAUUACUAUGAGACUUUUGGUGUACAUGAUAAUUUAAAUAACUUAACUUGUUGCUGUAUGAACGUCUUUGCUAGGCUAAAAGAUGUGCCACAGUAUUUAUAUGUCCAAAAAAUUAAUAAAAAAUCAAACAAAA